CGUUGUUCGGCGAGCUGCUUGACUCGGCAAAUUUUUUGACGCAAAAUUUUCUGCUCUUUAACUGAAGUGAGAAACUUGAUUGAAAGCUCACCAGUACUUAUCAAAUAGACUAAUAAUGGGUUCAGCACGUUACGAUCGCGCCAUUACAGUAUUUUCACCAGAUGGGCAUCUCUUUCAGGUCGAAUAUGCUCAAGAAGCUGUCAAGAAAGGAUCCACUGCUGUUGGUGUAAGAGGCAAGAAUUUAGUAAUCUUGGGAGUCGAGAAAAAGUCUGUUGCCAAGCUACAAGAAGAAAGGACUGUCCGAAAAAUAUGCCUCCUUGAUGAUCAUGUGGUGAUGGCAUUUGCAGGGCUGACAGCAGAUGCCCGAAUUUUGAUCAACAGAGCCAGAAUAGAAUGUCAGUCCCAUAAACUGACAGUGGAAGAUCCAGUAACCUUGGAGUACAUAACAAGAUACAUAGCAGGCUUGAAACAGAGAUAUACACAGAGUAAUGGAAGACGUCCAUUUGGGAUCUCUUGUUUGCUUGCUGGAUUUGAUUUUGAUGGCACUCCUCAUUUAUAUCAAACUGACCCUUCUGGAACAUACCACGAAUGGAAGGCCAAUGCCACAGGCCGUAACGCGAAAACAGUUCGUGAGUUUCUAGAAAAGAACUAUAACGUCGAGGAGAUGGAAGAUGAAGAAAAAGUUAUCAAACUAGCAAUCCGUGCUCUUCUGGAAGUGGUACAAUCAGGAAGUAAGAAUCUGGAAUUGGCGAUUAUGAGACGUGGCCAACCAAUGAAGAUGCUGGAAGUUGACGAGAUCGAAAAGCAUGUCGCCGCUGUUGAGAAAGAGAAGGAGGAAGAAGCAGAAAAGAAAAAGCAGAAGAAGUAACUAUUUGAAAACUCAGCAAAUUUGUGAUGCUGCGUCACGUACCAACAAAUAAACAAUGGCCUAAACACAAA